AUGAAAACCGUCUCCCGGGUCAUCACGGCCCCUGUGGAGAGCGAAAAGGAAACACUUCUGGCGCUGCUGCCCCAGUAUGGCCUCAAGCUCGCCCCGGACGGAGUCCAUAUACAGUGGGCUCUGGGAAAUUGUCGACAUCCACGAAACUGGAGCUUGCGACGCAAGGUCUAUGAUACUACGCUUAUCAUAUUCCUGGAAUUCUUCACAACUGCUAUCAGCACCGCUGGCGUGGGUAAUCAAACUAUUAUAGAGAUAUAUCUUAUCGGCCAAGCCAUCGGGGGUGUCGUAUUUCCCCCAUACUCCGAAGUAUUUGGUCGAAAAAAGCUCUAUGUGGCAAGCUCGGCCCUCUACGGCCUAUCAUGCAUCUUGAUUGCAUCCGUGCCAUCAUUGGUAGGAGUAGCGAUUGGCCGAUGUCUCUGUGGCUUUCUGUCCGCCAUUCCCACGACUGUUGUAGUGGGUAGCAUCGAAGACACCUUCAACUCCCGCGAGCGAGUCUGGGUCAUCUGUAUUUGGACCAUGUUCGCCAACCUGGGUCUCGUUGUAGGUCCCAUUCUCAGUACGUUUGUCGUGGCCUACACCCAAUGGAGAUGGUUAUUCUACAUUGCAGCCAUGGUAACCGGAAUCCUGACACUCCUACUACUCACUUUGAAUGAAUCGCGUCCCUCCCUCCUCCUCGCCCGCGAAGUCGCUACUCUUCGCAAAGUCACCAAAAUCGACACCCUGGAAGGCCUCAACCCCGAUAAAGCCCCCGACAUGCGCAGCUUCGUCCGCAUCGCGCUCUUCCGCCCUAUCCGGCUCCUCUUCACCGAACUCAUCGUCUUCACCGUCUCCAUCAUCAGCGCCGUCGCCAUCGCUCUAGUCUACCUCUUCACCGAAGCUCUACCGCCCAUCUACGGAUCCUUCGGCUUCACUCCCAAGCAAGCCUGCCUCCCCUUCAUCGCAAUUGGCUUAGGCCUCACUCUCGGCCUCCUCACCCGCUGUCUUGACCUGCGCAUCAUCGCUCACCACCGAGCUCAGGGCCGACCACUCCUCCCAGAAGAUAAACUGACAGGAUUCUGGAUCGGUGCACCCAUUCUCGCUGCGGCAUUGUGGCUUUUCGCUUGGACUAUCCCGCCAGCUGUCACAAAUCUCCCUUGGCUUGUGUCGGUCGCAGCUCUCGUGCUGGCUGGGUAUAGUCUCAAUGAGAUGGACUACGUGCUCGGCGGGUAUCUGACGGAUAGUUACCUCAGUUAUGCGGCUAGUGGCCUGGCUGCAUUGAGUCUGGUGAGGGCGUUAUUGUCUGCUGCGUUACCGCUGAUCUCGGCGCCUAUGUUGGAUCGGCUCGGGGCUAAUUUUAGUGUUUCGGUGUUGGCGGCGGUUGCAACGGUGUUUUGUGUUGUGCCGCCGUUGUUUUCGAGAUACGGGAGGGGUAUUAGAGCUAGAAGUGCGUUUGCAAGGUUUAGUUUGACUGUGUAUCGUGAGUAUAGUGUUGAUGAGGAGGGAUACUAG